AUUAUUUAUAAACUGAACUCAUGGCAGCUAAAUUCCUACUACUCUCCUUGCUCUUUCUAAAACUACUCAUAUUUUCAGAUGCGCAAUCAGUAGGCGUUUGUAAUGGGAGGGUCGGAAACAAUUUACCUUCCCCACAAGAUGUGGUAAACCUUUACCAAAGAAGUGGCAUAACCAGGAUGCGGAUCUACGGCCCUGAUCCAGCCACUCUUCGAGCUCUUGGGGGAACCAAUAUUGAACUUAUUCUCGACGUUCCAAACAAUGAUCUUGAGUCCCUAGCUGGAGGUGGAGCAAAAAAUUGGGUCCAAAACAACAUUUUAAAUUAUCCUAGAGUCAACUUUCGAUACAUCUCUGUUGGAAAUGAAGUCGAUCCCAAUAAUAAUGAAAAUAGACGUUUUACACGUUUUGUACUUCCAGCGAUGAGAAAUGUUCAACAAGCCCUUCAAGACGCGCGUCGUACCCAAAUCAAGGUCUCAACUGCAACCUACACAGGUCUUCUAAAAACCUCAUAUCCGCCUAGUCAAGGUGUAUUCCAUGACAAUGUUAUAGGAUAUAUCCAACCAAUAAUUACCUUUUUAGCCGAAAACAACUCGCCAAUGCUUGCUAAUAUUUACCCUUACUUUGCUUAUGAUGGGACUAACCCUAAGUUAAAACUCUCAUAUGCACUUUUCACCAAUCCUAGCAUAGAGUUCAACGAUAAUGGUCGUGAUUACUCAAACCUCUUUGAUGCAAUGUAUGAUGCUCAUUAUGCGGCUCAAGCACGUCUUGGUGGAGCUAAUGUGCCCAUUGUUGUGUCCGAAAGUGGAUGGCCGUCUGCCGGGGGCACUGAUGGAACAACAUUAGAAAUCGCAGGAACUUACUAUAGAAAUUUGAUUGCACAUGUCAAGAGUGCAAAAGGGACACCUUUAAGACCAGGAAGAUCUAUAGAGACAUAUUUGUUUGCAAUGUUCGAUGAAAAUGAUAAAAGGGGAAAGGAGUCUGAGAAACAUUUCGGUGUUUUCUAUCCUAAUCAAAGAUCCAAGUAUAACCUAAGGUUUUAAGAAAAAAAAUCUCAGAAGGUUUUCUGAUAAUCUAUCUAUAUACUAUAAAAUAAUGAAACAAAACUCUUGUUUCUAAUAUACUUGUAAUAUUAUUCAAGGGAUGUAAUAUUUUGCUAUUGU